AAAUCUCAAAUCUCCAACGAACUCGGUGGCCAAGCUUGGUGCCCACUCACAAAAUGAAUUAAAAAAUAAAUUACUAAAUAUAAAUAGCAGACUCUCCCAUCGUAUUACUCUCUUUUAAUUUCUUGAUUCCCUCGUUUUGCAGUCGCGCUCUCUAUUUUUUUAUUCUUAAAAAGAUUCAAUGCCAGGCGGGAAUUCUGCUGCCGCCGGCGGGAAGAUCGGCGUGAGAAUCGUAGUAGUCGGAGACCGUGGAACAGGAAAAUCGAGUUUGAUUGCGGCGGCAGCCACCGAAUCUUUCCCUGAAAACCUAUCUCCCGUGCUUCCACCCACUCGCCUCCCUGCCGAUUUCUUCCCCGAUCGCGUUCCUAUCACUAUCAUCGACACUUCUGCAAGCUUGGAGAGUAGAGGAAAGCUAAAUGAAGAAUUGAAGCGAGCUGAUGUGAUUAUAUUAACUUACGCGUGUGAUUUUCCGUUGACGCUUACUCGUUUGAGUAGUUUUUGGCUUCAGGAAUUUCGUCGAUUAGAGGUGAAGGUACCGGUGAUAGUGGUGGGUUGCAAAGUAGAUUUGAGAGAUGAGAACCAGCCGAUUAGCCUCGAGCCGGUUAUGGGACCAAUCAUGCAACAGUAUAGGGAGAUUGAGACCUGUAUAGAGUGCUCUGCUGUUACCCUUAUGCAGGUCCCUGACGUUUUCUAUUAUGCUCAAAAAGCUGUACUUCAUCCAACAGCUCCUUUGUUUGAUCAAGACACUCAAGCUUUGCAACCCCGAUGUAUAAGGGCAUUGAGAAGGAUAUUUAUUCUAUGUGAUAGUGACAUGGAUGGUGCACUCAAUGAUGCAGAGUUGAAUGAUUUUCAGGUUAAAUGUUUUGACUCUCCACUGCAGCCUGCUGAAAUAGUGGGUGUGAGAAGAGUUGUGCAAGAAAAGAAGAAAGAAGGGGUCAAUGACCUGGGGCUUACCCUUGAAGGGUUCCUGUUUCUCCAUUCUCUUUUUAUAGAUAAAGGGCGCCUUGAAACUACUUGGGCUGUUUUGAGAAAAUUUGGCUACGGCAAUGAUUUAAAACUCAGAGAUGAUUUUCUUCCAGCUCCAUCAAAGCAUGCUCCUGAUCAGAGUGUAGAGUUGACAAUUGAAGCUGUAGACUUUGUUCGUCGGGUGUUCCGAUUGUUUGAUACCGAUAAUUAUGGAGCCUUACAACCUACUGAACUUGAUGAGCUAUUUUCAACUGCUCCAGAAAAUCCUUGGGGUGAGGCUCCUUACAAGGAUGCUGCAGAGAGAACCACACAGGGAAAUUUAACUCUGAAGGGUUUUCUAUCUGAGUGGGCUCUUAUGACCAUGCUGGAUCCACAAGGUAGUUUGGCUAAUUUGCUAUACAUUGGAUAUGGAGGAAAUCCUGCUUCAGCACUUCAUGUUACUCGGAGAAGAUCCGUUGAUCGUAAGAAGCAGCAAACAGAAAGAAAUGUUUUCCACUGCUUAGUUUUUGGCCCUAAAAAUGCUGGAAAGUCCACUCUGUUGAAUUCAUUCUUAGGAAGGCCAUUCUCAGAAAGUCAUGAACUGAUAGCUGGUGAGCGCUAUGCAGUGAAUGUUGUUGACCAGCAUGGGUUGUCCUUGCAGGGGAAUAAGAAGACUCUUAUUUUGCGAGAGAUACCAGAAGACGGAGUGAAAAAAUUUCUAUCCAAUAAAGAAUCUCUGUCGUCCUCUGAUGUUGCUGUAUUUGUUUAUGACAGUUCGGAUGAAUAUUCAUGGAAAAGGUCAAAUGAACUUCUUGUAGAGGUUGCUAGGCAUGGAGAAGAAAGUGGUUAUGGGGUGCCUAGUCUCAUUAUCGCUGCUAAGGAUGACUUGGAUCCACAUCCAAUGAGUGUGCAAAAAUCAGCAAGGGUUUGCCAGGAGCUGGGAAUAGGGGCUUCUAUUCCUAUCAGCUCAAAGCUCGGAGAUAUGAAUAAUGUUUUCUGCAGGAUCUUAAGUGCCGCCGAACACCCUCAUUUGAACAUUCCUGAAACUGUGGCCGGGAGGAAACGCAAGCAGUUCCACCAGCUUGUCAAUCACUCUCUCCUGUUUAUGUCAGUAGGCGCUGCUUUUGCUGUUGCUGGAAUGGCAGCUUUUCGUGCCCACAGUGGAAGGAGAAAUUCUCCUAGCUAGCUUCUAUAUGAUUUGACCAAUCAUCAACUCCUGCUAUUUGCUGGCUUUGAAACUUGAAGGAAGGCUUUUCCAAGUUUUUGCAAUUGAAGCUCAUGAUGGAACCCGUGUAUAUAAAACAUCUACAAUUCUUUCAACCACUCUGCAAUAACCAUCUAAUUCAUGUUCUGAUUUGUUUCUCUCUAUAAUUUUGCUAAGCCUCAAUCAUUUUUCUAGUUUGCUAGGAUUUAUGCCUUUGGCAUUGUUGAAGACCGUCUCCUUUUGCCGUGGUGCUAUCAAACCUCUCUCUCUUUAUAAUUGUA